UGUUCCAAAUGAGGUUACGCACCAUUUAAACCAUACUGUGGAACAGUCUAGAACACCUGGUAUUGAGUGUGGGAGUGUUACUGUUAGAAGGAAUAAUUGAAGAUUUUCUGCGAUGCCUACGCACAAAUUUAUUGUGAUUGAUGAUGAUUCCAACGGCCACCCCCUUGAUUUGUUUUGUGUACCUAAACACUAUGAAGAUGAUCUGGAAUGUAUUCUAGUACCUGCAGGUUUGAUCAAUGACAGAAUUGAGCGCCUUGCCCGGGAUAUUCUGCGAGACUUUUCCCAUGAAGCCAUUGUUGCGCUGUGUGUGUUAAAAGGUGGUUACAAGUUUUUCACAGACCUGCUUGACAAGAUCAAAACACUCAACAGAAACAACGAGGAGUCUGUGCCCAUGUCCGUUGAUUUUAUCCGACUUAAGAGCUAUGUGAAUGAUGCCUCAGGAAGCAAAAUUGAAGUCAUAGGAGGAGACAAUUUAGAAAACCUGUGUGGAAAGAAUGUGUUGGUUGUGGAAGACAUUAUCGACACAGGCAAAACGAUGACAAAGCUGCUUGAUUUGCUAAAUCAUGUCAAUCCUAAAUGUGUCAAAGUAGCCAGUCUGUUGGUAAAACGCACACCCCUCGGUAUAGGCUACAGGCCUGAUUAUAUCGGUUUUGAAGUUCCAAACAAAUUUGUUGUUGGAUAUGCUUUAGACUACAAUGAAUAUUUCAGAGAUUUAAAUCAUAUAUGUGUGAUAAAUGAGAAUGGAAAGAAGAAGUAUGCUGUGAAGAAAUGAAAUGGCCGACAGCAGAAACCAUUCCAAAUACCUUUUAGCUUUACUAGUCUCUUGCUGUGAAAUAGCAUAGAUGCAAAUGUUUGACACGUUUCUUGAUCAUCCGGGUAACUUCCAGACAUAAUAUUUUGUUACAUUUCACUUUAUCACAUGCUGUGGUAUAAUACUUGUAUCCGCAUUAUUGUUUUUACUACGUUUUACAAUUUAGAUUCUAUAUAUGACAUUUUAAAAAAAAAGCAGGGAUUUUUUUAUAUGUAGAAUAUAAUUUGUAUGUUUAUAUUGCAAGAAGGUCAUAACAUAUCUUAAAAAUGUAUAAUGUUAUGGGAUUUUUUUACUAAGCAAACUUGUCCAAAAUCUAAUUGGUAAAAUGAAUGUUAAAAUGUCUGAGGUCAAAAUAAAAUGGAAAGACCUAAUGGGAGUUCUAGAAAGUGCCGUGUGGUCUCUUUCAACAUCUUCCUUUUAAAUUUAAAUUUAUUUGUAUCUGUAAAAUAUUGUCUGUAGAUCUACACAAAUAUACAGUUGAAUCCCAUUGACUCGAACUCCGUUGGUGCUCGAGAAAGUGUUCGACCCAUCAGGUAGUUUGACCUAAUCAUUCGGUCAACAACGUGUAAGUGUAACUUAGGACUUUGUUUUUGGUUCGAGCACUGUGGUGUAUUCGACCCUUCUGAGUUCAAACCAACAAGAUUCUACUGUAUUUACACAUUCUGGAAAUUUCACGGAAAUUUUGUCAACCUUUUUUGAAUCAUUGUUUUUGUAGGUAUUGAAAUAAUCAUAGUACCUGGUGAUCCUUGUAGAGAUUACCAUAAAUUACAGGUAUUUAUCAAGUUUAUUAAUUCCCAUUAUCAGUCCUUCACAAACAUACUGAUACUUUGUUAUUCCUUCGUAUCGCUGUUCUUUGUAUUCAUACAUACUUGUGUCUGUGUCUAUUUUCUGUUUAAACAGCACACAGUUGAUCAAAACGUAGUUGGUGGUGGUGUUAAUGUUAAAAAAUAUUUUUGUUGAGAAAGAAGAACCAUUCUUGCAAGGUAACCUCGGUGACCAUUCUCAACUUCCUUAAAUGCCUGUUUUGGAAAUGUCUUGUAUUUAUGUGUCAUUCCUAGAAGCAUCUUAGAUUUCUGUUGCAUUUGUUAAAUUUCAGAUGCUUCUUUCCCCAAUGAUGCAUAGUAUUUGUUCCUCACGGACUCAUGCUUAGAAAACAUAAUUCAUGACUUUAGUAGAGUCUGAACAUCUGAACAGUAGCAAGCAGUUUGUACACUACUGGAUUCUCCAGAUUUAAUUAGCAUUUUUAUAAGCAUGGGGCCAAUAAUGUUAGCACAUUCCAGUUGGUUAGAGACUUCUGCAAACAUGGAUCGAAAUUGGAUUAUGUGGUAAAUUUCAUACUGAAUUGCUGAGAGGUCACAGAAUCAGUCCUUUUAAAUAGAUGUGGGUCGGUACUGUUUAAAGGGAUAUACCCUAGAGUUAACCACUAAGGCAUAUUUUUUUAAUAUUGGAACCAUUUUUGAUAACUGAAAUCAUACUUUACUUAGAUUUUAUUGUUUAGAUUAUCCAUU